UCCCGGUGUAACCCUUCCGACCCCGGACCCCGUCCCGGCCCCGCCCGGGGCGCUGUCACUGAGUUACGGUCAUGGAAUCACGGAAUCAGUCAGAUGGAGCCAACAAUGGAGUCCAUCUUUUCUAUUUUCCAGAGCCCUGAAAGCAAUGAUUCUGCAGGAUAUCCAGAGGGCUUUGUUUUGAGGGACACUGAGGAAGAGGAAGGCAUCCCUGAAGACCUUCAGCAAGAGGAACUGCCUCAGGUACCUGCAGCCCACAGUCCAGAGAGGGGGGCAGCCUGUAAUGAGCCCCCUCCCCAAAAAAGAGACUCCAUGACACUCGUCCUCAGCACUGAUGGUCAGAAACUGCCCUCAGAAGAGAACCCUUCCUUCAAGUGUCCAGAAUGUGGGAAGGGCUUCAAGGGGCACAGCAGACUCCUGAACCAUCUGCAAAUGCACAGUAGAGACAAAAGGUUUGUGUGUGCAGAAUGUGGGAAGAGCUUUAGCAGGAAGGCCAACCUGGUGGUUCACCAGAGAGUCCAUACAGGAGAAAGGCCCUACAAGUGCAAGGAAUGUGAGAAAGCCUUCAGCUGUGCCUCCAACCUCGUUACUCACCACAAGACCCAUCUGAAAAAGAAAGCCUUCUCUUGCACCGUGUGCAGAAAAAGCUUCAGUGGCAACAAAGGUCUCCUGCAGCAUCAGAGAGUCCAUACGGGUGAGAAGCCCUACAGGCGUCCCAAGGGUGGGAACAACUUCUCUGUGAGCCCAAACUCCAUCAAACAUCAACAUUUGAGAGAGGGUCCCAGUGCCCACACAGCAGAUGCAAACCAACCUGAAUUUACAUCUCUGCAUCAUAAAGAAGAGCAAAGAUGUAGUGCAGAGAGAGAUCACUCCAAGCUUGUUUUUGAAGAAUUGAAGAAAGUGAGGGAAAAUAUGGAUAUGCUUCUUCUAAAUCAGCAGAGUCAGCUGCAGGUCCUGAAGGAAAUUCAGAAACAACUGAAUAUUCUCAUCCCCGGCAAUGCCCUGGUGAAUUCCAACGUUUACAGCUUGGGAGUUCUGCUGGGACAGCAGGCGGCUGCGGCAGCUGCUGUUUCUUGCCCCCUUCUCAAUCCCAGCAGUCUCCUUUGUGAAAAUGCCACUGCCUUAUCCCCUUCAUCUGCCCGUGGAAUUCUGCCUACCACUCAGCUCCCAAGCUCUCAGGAUCUUGCAGCUUCCAGAACUUGCUCAGUGUUGUGCUGUGAACGAGUCCAGUGCAAACACACAUGACUGUUCUGAGCCCUUUUGUCACUGGAACACGUGAUCUCUGUGGUGUUGGAAUUGUUAUACCUGUGCAGGUGCUGACUGUGCACUCAGACUUGCUCCAGAUGCUGCAGUUGAUCAAAUCCUGCCCAUUCAUCCACUGUAGCCUGCAGAGGUUUUGGCCAGUGAUGCCUUUUGUCAAGGCAGCUCCCGAGAUUGUUAUCACUGGGGUGCAGUGAAGUACAGCGUCCUUUUACAGGGUGAUGCAUAAAACUUAAGCAUGUUUUUUACAUCUUUAGCCUGUGCUUGGGCAAUUGUACCUCUCCUAAUGAGCUGAAACUAAUGAUAAAGUCCUAAGGGGUUCUUGAAGCAUCUCCUACUAAGUCUGAUUUAUAUAGAGUUGAAAGCAACAUGCUGAUGUAAAGAUGUUCAACAUUUUGCCAAAGCUUUCUUCCUUCAGGAGGUCUUGAAAUUAGGUGACCUUGAAGUAGCAGACUCUUAGCCCAGCAUCACUGCUAGAACUACAGAUAAAACCUUUUUUUUUUUUUUUUUUU